CUCUUGUAAUCAAAAAGAAAAAGGAUUGUUUAAAAACCCAAUCUCCCUCUCAUUCUCCUUCUCCUUCUCUGAAUUCUAAAUUCAUAAAAACAAUCAUUCUUUAUAAUCUUCUUUACAAAUGGGUUCCUCAGAAAAAACCAUUCUUGUUACUGGUGGAGCUGGUUUCAUUGGCACCCACACUGUGGUGCAGCUUCUCAAUGAAGGUUUUAGAGUGUCAAUUAUAGACAAUCUUGAUAAUUCUGUUAUUGAAGCUGUUCACAGGGUUAAGGAAUUGGUAGGUCUUGAGCUCUCUCAGAAACUUGACUUCAAUUUGGGUGAUCUGAGGAAUAGGGAUUACUUGGAAAAGCUUUUCUCUAAGACAAAGUUUGAUGCUGUAAUCCACUUUGCUGGACUUAAAGCUGUUGCAGAGAGUGUUGGCAACCCUCGUCGUUAUUUUGACAAUAAUUUGGUUGGCACCAUCAAUCUGUAUGAGGUCAUGGCCAAAUAUAAUUGUAAAAAGAUGGUAUUCUCAUCCUCUGCAACUGUCUAUGGCCAACCUGAGAAAAUACCAUGUGUUGAGGAUUUUGAUUUGAAGGCCAUGAAUCCUUACGGAAGGACGAAGCUUUUCCUUGAAGAAAUUGCACGAGAUAUUCAGAAGGCAGAACCAGAUUGGAGUAUUAUUUUACUGCGGUACUUCAAUCCUGUUGGUGCACAUGAGAGUGGUAAAAUUGGUGAAGAUCCAAAGGGCAUCCCAAAUAAUCUCAUGCCUUACAUACAGCAAGUAGCGGUUGGCAGAUUGCCUGAACUUAAUGUAUAUGGUCAUGAUUAUCCAACUAAGGAUGGCAGUGCGAUCCGAGACUACAUCCAUGUUAUGGACUUAGCUGAUGGUCAUAUUGCUGCCCUUAGGAAGAUUUUUACCACAGAGAAUAUAGGUUGUAUUGCCUACAACCUGGGAACAGGCUGUGGUACAUCUGUGCUUGAAAUGGUUGCUGCUUUUGAGAAAGCUUCUGGAAAAAAAAUCCCCAUUAAACUAUGUCAACGAAGGCCAGGAGAUGCUACAGCUGUUUAUGCUUCUACUGAGAAAGCUCAAAAAGAACUUGGUUGGAAGGCAAAAUAUGGUGUAGCAGAGAUGUGCAGGGACCAAUGGAAGUGGGCGAGCAACAAUCCAUGGGGAUACCAGUCAAAGCCUUAAGCUUUUGCUAAACACUAUUUUCUUCCCCAUCCUUUUCUAAGUUUCUCCUGGGGAGAAUAAAUGUACAAAACUUGAUUACAUAAUUCUCUCAUGUUACAGUGAGCAGAAAACCUGCUUUCUCAACAUGUCAUUUAAACUAAGGUGAUCCCUGAUGUGAUCAUCUUGCAGAAUUCUGAUGGGUUACAUGGAUUAAGUCAUUUCUUUUUA